AUGUCUCCAAAGCUCUUUGUUGUGUUCUACCGACCACGCUAUGGAAACUUCCUGCACUGGGCGUUGCACAUAGAGAAGGGCCAAGAGCAUCACAUUCUCGAAGUUGAUGGCGAGCAUUCACAAUUCAAACGCAACACAUUCAUGGAAAACCCGGAAGAGUCAAGCACUUUUCUGCGCCAGUUCUUCAUUGCUGUGCUUGGAGAGGACGAUAUUGAGAGAGUAAAGAGUGCUGCACAAAGCGUGCCGGUAGACAAUAAGAGGGUUGAGUGGGAUUGUCAGGAUUAUGUGCUGGAGAUUCUUGAUAAACUACAGGAGGAUUUUGUCUUGGAUAAGGAUAAUGAGGAUUACAUGGAUGUAAGGGAGAUAUUGAUGGAAGAGAGGGGAAUGGUUUGA